AUGGCGGGUAAAAGUCGCUCUUCGAGGCUGCUUAGAGAAGAUCAAUGCACUUCAAAGGUUUGUUCAGUUAUCCAAACAGUUGCUACAGUUCAGUUCUGUUUAAGUUCUGUUCAUUACAUUUGUUAUCGACUAUGCUACAGGGUUAUUACAGUUUCUUUUGAUUACAACUUCUUUAGAUUACAGUUCAGCCCCUGGACGACAGUAAUGUUAAGCAUUUAUUACUGUCACUAAAGGACGUGGUUUCUUCGGCGCUUGGCCCAACUGGAAGGUAAGAUAAUAUUUUGACAUAUGAUGCGCACGUGACUGUAAUUGACUGAAAUAUAUCCCAUGUUCAUGUAGCCUGCGUAGCUGGCGGUAUUGUGUGGGUGCGAGAUUAAAGUUUUGGCGGCGGGGCCGUGUUCCAAAAAAAAGGGAGUAGGGACGAGGCGGUUGAAAUACCGCCUGCCAGAAAACCCGGGUAUUUUUAAUAGUCCGCACACCAGUGAGCGGGGAAACGGAUUGGUCGAGGGCCAUACAUAUGUCAAUCAUGUUAGAUGAUCCUUCGCAUAUAUUUCCCAAUUAAGGGAGCAGAUGGCAAACUGGAAAACGUAAGUGAUUGUGGUUUCCCCUUUAAAACAGCAUAAUUGAUGACCAAUUAGCCGAAAUGGCGUCUUUAAACUUCGCAGCGCUGGAAUUGUCUUUAUUUAGCGGUAAGAAACAAAGGUCAAAGAAAAUUAGAACACUUUACAACUGCAUCUGAGAUCAAAUCCUAUCAGGAACACCUACAGAUGAAUAAACCACAGGAAAUAGUUACUCAGUAUGCAUGUAACAAACCAGCUUCAUGACCUUUUAAUGUUAAGCCUAGUGUGGCAAAAAAAGAUUUACUCAGUCGAAGUUUAGAAUGAUACGUGCACUGUGUAAUGCUAGUAACCUUCGCCCGAGAGCUGAGAAAAUAAAAAAAAACGCUUAUUUCUAAACUGUCUCGCGUGAAAAUAAUCGGAAGUUUCAAAUUGCUGAUUUAAUUGGGAUCAGCUAAGGUGACAAAAGUGGGCGGCAUUCGAAAAAUCAUGGUUCUCUGGCAAUUUGUCCACCCGGUGGAAAGGGAUUUUUGGACCUCAAGUCCUGAAGAACUUGUUAUUUCGCAUGACUCGGCGGCGCUGUAACUCCUGACUGGCCUACAGUUGAAAUGUUUUUUCCAGGGCCUCGAUGAUGGCUCCACCGUCAAAUCUCACUUGAAUAUAUUACAACGGCUCCGCCGCCAAAUCUCACUCGACUACUACACAAUACCACCAGCUACACAGGCUAAUGUUCAUGUUGAUAUCAGUCUUGUGAAUUACACCACCAAGCUGCUUUCUGGGAAACCGAAGGGCCUAUGGUGUAUCUUCAGUUGUUUUAGUUUUUUACUGAAAACUGCUGCUUAUAAGCACCCCCCCACCCCCUCCCACUUCUAAGCCCGACCAGUUAUAGGCCCAUCUACAAGGCCCCUGGAUAAAAGUGCCCCUCUGGCUUGUACUGAAAAUGAAUUCUAUUUAUUAUGACAUUUUGAAGUCUAAUAAAGUACCAGAAAAAGUAAAACAUAUUUUGAACAGUACUGCUGUAGCUUGUUUUGAAGCACUUUUUCUAGUCCAGUUACAGGUGGUGUAUAAGCCCCCCAGCAUAUAAGCCCCUCCAUUUAUAAGCCCACCUAAAACCCCAUACAAAGAUGUAUAUGCCCAUGUUUUUGUGACAGGUACACCCAAUCAGAGGCUACAGUCCUGUAUAUUAUUGAUACAGUACAGUACCAAAGAGUAUGGUUUUGACUCCUUGAAAAGCCCUGGGGAUGAAGCUGAUUCCUUUUGUUUUAAUUGGGUGUAGUUUUUAGCCAUUUUGGUGUCCUCUGAAAGAGAACAAGUAUUGAUAUUCUUUGGAUGGGGUAUUUUUUUAAUUUUUUCUUUUUUUGAGAAUUAUAGUAGUGUAGCUGGCCUAAAAUAGGGUAGCCUGCUGAUGUAUUUCUGAUUUGUUUAGAAGACUAGCCCGAUUUACAGCUUUGAACUUAAAGACUGACCUAAGGAACAAACAUGACUGCUUUGAAAAGCAUGAGGUCCAAAACUACGAAGUUAGCAUCAUGUCAUGAAAUAUGUAUAAUGACAAAAUGCAUCAUGUAACAAUAACGAAACGUCUAUAAUAUGGCUCCUGCAUCGCAGACGUAAUUUAACCUUGGUUAGUAAUGUCUACAAAGCAAUGUCGAUAUCCUCGUUCUGGGUCCCCAAAAGACGAAUUACCUGAAGAGUGUUCAAAUUUCCUUUCAUCUUGAUUGGCUAAUCGACAGGGUCUUGUUUAACAGGCCAAUCAUGGCACGUACUCAAUUCCUGGUACACAGGUGGGGGCCAGAACAAGGAUUUCGGCACUGUUUUGUGGACGGACUUAACCAGAGUUUAGUUUCCUCUGCAGCGCAGGUUAGAAUAGAAUAAAGAAAAUCAAUGCUCGGUCUGAAAAAGGGUAGCAUGUCACACAUUCCCAGGAGUUACCCACACCCUGGUGUUGUCGGGGGUCCUGGUGAUAACUCAGAUUUUUUGUCCAUGCUGAGCUUAACCUUUACCAUCUUUCACUAAAUUUUUCUAUUCACUCAAUUUAUCAUCAGACUGAAAUUCUUUCAGACUUCCUCUGGUGGAUAUGUCACUGUGACAUCAACAUCAAGCAGAAUCUUUCACAGCUUGUCUGGCUUGUCACAUCCCAUACUGAGACUAAUACUCUCAGCUGUGAGGGGACAUUUAGAUGCUUAUAGUGAUGGAGGACUUCAGACAGCGUUGCUUCUUUUGAGGUAUCGUUGCAUUAGUAAAGUUAUCGAUAAUCUUUCCAUAACUUAUAAUAAAUCUUUUAAUUCAGUUCUGUGAAAAUGGUUAGUACAUGUACUAGCUAUAGUAGGCUAUAGGGGUCUUAAAAGGGGUUAUUUAAUACCCUUUUUCCUUUUUCACAUAGCUUGUUACAAUUCUCCCUUGACCUACCAGUUCCAAGAGCCUUGGUGACUCAAAUCAAUCAACAUUUGUUGGAAGCAAUCAUCAACCAUUUACAGUCAUGUUGCUGGAAAAUGAAGAUUAAUAUUGGUGACAUGAAGAGCAUGUUGUCCAUCGUAAACAGUAUAGUUGGUACUAAACCUGCUUGUCACCUCAGUGAAACAGAGAAACAUCAUGUUUCUGUGCUUAUUAUCCAGGUAACAUUCAAGAUUUUCAUGAAUUUCUAAAUAAAUGUUGUACAUGUUUUUACAUGUAGGUAAUGUGCAGUGCUGUCAACUCUCCUGGAUAAUCCAGGAGACUCCCGAUUUUGAACCGUUUUUCCUGGUCUCCAGAUUAGAGUCUGAAAUCUCCUGAAUAGUUGCCGAAGUAUGCUAUUUCUUGUAGAUUGGACUUUCUGUCAAUGAAACUUCAAAUAUUUUGUGUUGUUUGAGCUAUUUAACUUUUAACAUUGAACGUUUUCUCAGAAACUCCAGUAUGCCAUUGUAAUACAAGCAAUUAUGUUAUUGGUGAGAAGUAAACCAAUCAGGUUCAAAUGUUACAAUUCCAGCAACAUCUUUUUCGCAUAUGUGUUUUUGCACAAAUGAUGUCAUGUUUCGUGCAUUAUGACAUCAUCGAUUAUCCCUUCCCUGUCAAUUCUCAAUAUUUGAAGAUGUCAGGGGUUGACAGCCCUGAAUGUGGAUCAAGACCAGCUUCCACCAUUUUAUGGCAAACAGUCAGGCCCCAGUUGUUCAAAAGCUGGAUAGCGCUAUCCACCGGAUAAAUUACUAUCCAGUGGAUAAGUAUUAAGGAAACCAAUUUGCGCUAUCCAGUGGAUAGAGAUUUACAUGUAUCCAGUGAAUAGCAUUUAAAAUCCACCUUUUGAACAACUGGGACCAGCUGUUUGAAAAUAUAAAAAAAUGACACCUUUAAGAGUUAAAAUGUACCUUGUUUUGCAGUUGUGUUAUUAGAGAACAGUUACAUUUUUCCCCUGACUGGAGAGAGGCAUUUGCCAAAAUAAAGUAAUAUUCAGAGUCAAAAAGUAGUUUGGUCGGCCUGCACUAUCGCUCUUAGGCAGGUAAAAUGUGGCAACAACUUGAGCACCCAAAGUGAUUAUUACUUUCCUUAACAUUCAGGCUUUCCUCCAGUCUCUGCCAAGUAGCACAAAUAAGGCACCCUCUGCGGGUCUCAAACAAGCAGUGCCGGUACAAAUAGUAACUUUUGAAGGAGAAUCUGUGAAAGACUCAAAGGUUCUGCCAGGUCUUCUCAUACAUACACCUGAAAUUCCAACCUUUCAACAGUGUGGAAGGACUCUUGUUAGCCAUGGUGCCAAGGUAGCCCUGUAUAAUAUAUCAAUGGCAGGAGAUACAGAUGAGUGGUUCUCAAGUAACAUAAAAACAGAGACAGUGAGUGGCAGUUAUGAUUUUAGUGCAGCAAAUACUGUCCUUCUUCAGCUGUUAAAGGUGGCGGAUUAUUUGCUUGACUCUGGUGUUAAUGUCAUUGCUUGUCAGAAGUGUGUACACCCGGCACUGAAGCGGUAUUUAAGAGACAAGGUUUGUUGUUGUUGUUGUUUUAUAUAAGCUUUAUUGACCAAGCGAGAGGUCAAGAUGGCUGGAUAUUGGCCAAGUUCUUUUGUACUCUUUAUGAACCGAGACAAAGUUGAGGUCAAUAAAAACGCAAAGAGAAUGAGGUCAAUUUAAUUUUGUAGCCAUCUUGAGCAACUAAGCUUGGUCAAUAAGGGGUUUCAUAGUAUUUUUUAUUGUUCUGUUGGAGAUUUCUUGUUUGAACCACCAGAAGUUUAAUGAUUAUUUUAUUACCUUGAUUUUUCCUCUUUUUUUUGUUCUAUCUCAGGGUGCAUUUGUGUUGGAACGUUUGUCUAUUCUUCACAUUUCUGCUGUUCAGCGCCUGACUGGGGCUUCAAUCCUUAGUACUUUCGACACAGAUACCCCUGAAUCAAGCUUUGGGCAACUGGGGAAGAUUGAACAUGUCGUGUUAAAUGACAAGAGGUCAGUUGAAAUUCUUGUCAUCUGUAGGUAUCAUACUGAAAACAAACUUCUUCACGCCAGGCUUGUCACCUUAUCAUUGUGGUGAAGCUUGCAGAGCCACAUUGGGGGGCUUACUCCUUGUAGGUCCAACCAUUGUAGACUAGGGCUAAGGCCAAACGUGAACUUUUAUUGUACGUAAUUUUUGUUUUUCUUUUGUUUCAACUUCACUAACAUACAUUACCAAUGAUACCCAAAAACAAAACAAAAACAAAAAUUACCUGAGAUAUAUAAAAAAUUAACUAUAACACUUUUGAUGAGAUGAACCAAGGUUGACUGCUGGAUCAAACAUUGAACUUAAUUUUAAUUCAAUGGCACAAAAGAGUUUACAGUCAUACAGUGGAACCCUGCUUUGCGGGAACAUGUUAUGAAUGGACUGGUUUCCACGAGCAGCUCAAUGGAAUAAACCACAGCAUCUUUACACUGUUUAUCCUAAUGAAGCGGACAGAUAGAAUGUUUUCAUCGAUCCAAACUCAGUCAGAUGAACUUUUUCUGAGACAAGCGUCAAACUUACUGAACGGACUUGACUGACUUAACUCACUCGAGCCCUAUCCACACCAAAGUUUAAAACCCUUUUCCCACAGAAGUGCACAUACAUUCUCCUGUAAGAAGCUUUUUUACUUAUUGUGAUUUUAUUGAUGACAAACUUGGUGCAAUUAUGUAACAUGUUAAAGUUCAUUCGAAUUCUGUGUAUAAGCUUGUGUUCUAGUUUUACAUUACUGUGUUUCUUUUUUUAAAAAACAACCUACAGUGGAACCCAGUUAAUAUGAACACCAAAGGGACAUACCAUAGUGUCCAUGUUAUCCGCGUGUCCACAUGAAGCAGCUUAUUUUUAGAGAAAACAUUUGAGAUUUUCAGGGUCAGCACAAAAGAUGGCCAUUAUACAUUCGUCCCAUAUAGCAGGGUUCCACUGUAGUUAAAUUAGACAUGUUCAGUUGGUGUGAAUGGAGCAUCAGUUUGGUUUGUCACAUUAAAAGUUUGAAGUCUUGACUUGGCCCUGGGUAAUCAAGAAGCCACUCCAGAUUAAGGACUCCGGCUAGUCUUACAAACUAUUCUCUGAAAGCUCCGGUUGCCAGCCACUCAUCCUAUUUGUUUCUCAACACUUUUGCUUGACAAAAACAAGCAUAGGAUUUUCAAAAACAAAGUAAAUGUGGGUGAAUAAGGCUGUCUUCCUUAUGGCUAAAACUCUCUCCAUGGUAGCUCAAAAUGCACUGGGAUGCAAUUUGUGGGGCCCUCAAAAUUAAAAUUUCCCUGAAGAACCCCCAACUCCCCCAGUGGAAGGGGGCAGCUCCAUACCUACAGCUGUUUACCCCACAUGUGAAGAUCGGUGCUUUGCGCCAUUCGACCUAAUCUAUUUCCGCCUAUCAGAAUUUUUGUCUCCUUGUACUUUAAAUUUUCUGAAUAACUCAGCCUACUUGUUGGGGGUAUGGCAUGAGGACACUGUAAAAAGGUAGUUCCCCACUAGUGAAAAAAUUAAUUUUAUUCAUGGAUUAGGAGAGGUUGUGUCAAACACUAGGAAGAAUGUGUUCUCUGCAUUAUCCAAAGAAGUCCAAGAAUAAGUAAACAUUUUAGAAGCUAUUUCAAACACUUGUCAUUGCGUUUUAUCCACUUUAUCCAAUGACCUAGAGGUUCAAAAGAAAAGAAAUGGAGACACGUAUCAGUUAACCCACUCUUUGGUGUCAGGAGUGAUUAGAUAAAGCAUGCACAGACUUUACAUGCAAACUUUGCCACUAAUUGAUUAUUAAAAGUUGACGAAAUAAACUAACUUAGCGCUUGCAAAUAAUAUAAAACACCCAAAUAUAGAUAAAUUGAUUUUAAUACAAGUCCUAAAUAUCAGCAAAACGUUUUUUUCUCUCUUUUUUGUAACAGCUAUCUACAUCUUCUGCCGCAGUCUUCACAAGAGUCACCAUCUGUUAGCACACUUUUGCUAUGUUCAUCAGAUGAGACUUCACUAGAUGAGCUGAAGAUAGUCUGUGAAGCAUCCAUGGUUGCUUUGCAUGAGACACUGGCAUGCCCUUAUGUUUUGCCUGGAGCUGGGUGUCUGGACACAUAUUUGGCAUCAUUCUUGAGGCAGUAUGGAUACCACAGUGGUUCAAAGAUUGCUGCUGAGCUCGGCUGCACUAAAGGUAACUAAGUUUUUGAUGUUAACAGGGAAAUGGGGUUUGUUCAGGCCAACAUGUACGCCUUUCAAACAAGCUGCAAACUGAAGCAAAGCGAGGAAGCAAGGUUCAUUCGACCCUUCCUCAGAUCUGGGUUGUGACGCGUCAUCAGUAUGGAAUUUUUGCGCUCGUUUCUCAGACGUCAUUUGGCGGGGAAACCAGUGGUAAUGUCGCCAAAUGUCGGCUGUUUUCUCAGGCUAAAUCUCUCUAUCAUCUAUUAAAGCGUUUCACAGGCAAAACAGAAUCACGCAGAAAGUGAAGAGCUUAAUUAAGUCACCUUAGAAGGGAGUUGCAAGCUUUUGCGUGGCUAGUUUUGUAGGAAAUAUGACAAAGUCGGGACUUGGACAUGAUCUUGCGAAUUCUGUUCUUAGAUAUUUCUGUUGUCAAUGUGAAGCCGUAAUUGGAGAAAUUGAAACUAAUACCAAUUUUCAGUGAAAUUUUUCUUUGGGUUAAUACAGGUGUCUAUUGCCGAUUUUAAUGUACAUUGUAUUAUGUUUCAAUUCUGUUGAAUACUACCAUUUAAAGCGUUCUUUAACAAAUAAGGAAAAGCUAAGCCACUUUCUUGAAUUUAGGUUUCUGUUCUCACACUGAGUUUUUUUCUUUUAAUAAGGUCGAGUUGUUACUGUCAUCAACAACGUGGCCAGUAGCUUGGAAUCUUUGGCCAGGAGCCUUGAGCAUGAUGGGGGUGGUCAUCUGACUGACUCAGCCAAUCAGCAUCAUUGGAGUGUUCCACCUGGGGCACUGGAACUAAAACCCAGCAUGCCUUGCUGCACUUGUGGCCUUGUGUCACAUGAUGAAACUGUGCUGUGGAGCAUCAUGGGAGAUAUUAAGGAUUGUGUUUUGCAAGACUCGUGGGACGGCGAAAUUAAACAUUGUUAUACUGCAGAUGCUGUGGAGAAAACUUUCGACAACUCAGUGCUGGAUAUGUUUUCAAUGAAGAUAAACUGUUACAGAACUGCGUUUGAAACUGCUAAUGCUAUUUUAAGAGUUCAUCGUGUAAUUUGCAGCAGUAUUGCAGAUUAAAGUCC